GGCGGCGACGACGAUGGCGACGAUGGCGGCGACGACGAUGGCGACGACGGCGGCGACGACGAGCAGAAAGACGAUCAGUCCACAUCAAACACAAAUGUCAAGUCUGAGGACAUCAACGAUGUGUCUCAGGACAUCGAUGAUGCAUCUAAUGGGUCUGAGGACCACGACGAUGAGUCUGAGGACGAGUCUGACGAAGAGUCUGAGGACCUCUUUAGCGAUGGCGGUGUGGAUAAAAAGGAUCAGCUGUGUCCUGAUGAUGAGCAGCAGCAUCAACUUGCCUGUCAAAAGGCUCUAUCACAUGGCAAGUUCAUUUUCACACCUGACCUGUUGACUGAGUCUGGAAAUACUUCAUACAGGUAUAAGUGUCCUCGUCCAGGUUUGUUCCAGUGUGCUAGAAGUGGACUGGGAUUUGUUAUGACUCAGGAGGCGGAGCUGCAGUACAGGACCACCCAGUGGGAUGACAAAAUCUUCUAUGAAGCUGAGGUGAAGGCUGCAGGGCUGCUGUUCGAUAUCAAGUGUUCAAAGGAUGCUGCAGUCUGUCAGCUCCACUUCCCACACUGUGAAAUGAUGGAUGAGCCGCUGCCUGACGGCCUGCUGUCUAUCAUCCACAUUACUGAGGAUGGAACGAGCAUCCUCAAGCCGCUGGAGAUUACAGACACUCAUGUGGUUGUCAACGUCCCUCACCUCUCUGGCUUUGGCAUAGUGAGGCAUUUUGUUAAAUGGUUAUUGAACAUAAGCAAAACAAAGCCAGAUAGAGGCCAAGUCCUGCUCUUCCUCACACCGCCAAACCCAAGAACACAGAAGCAAAAACUCAAUGUGUUUCUCCUGCCAAGGAACAUCCAUCUGGACGAGGUCAGCAAACAGCACCCACAUUCUGAGAACAUUGAGGUUCCGUCUGCAUGUAAACUCAUCGACAGUCAAAGUUACAGUCUUCAGUGUCCUCAAGCCACCAAAGUACAGCCUAAAAGAGCAGAGUUUGACCUGGAGUUUGGACCGAAUUUCUUCCCAACAUUUGAGAUUCGCCUGCCUACAAACACAGAAGAAGUCACUUUAAUAGUCAAAGACAAAAAUCAGAUGGAGGUCUGGAAGCAUGACGUUGAUCUAUUUGAUUCAAGAAGGGAAACUACACAGAAUGUCCCAGACGAGGACAGGCUCCCAGGCGAGGACAGGCUCCCAGGCGAGGACAGGCUCCCGGAUGAGUUCAGGCUCCCAGGCGAGCAGAGGCUGUUCUCAAUUCGGGAAGAGUUUUUACAAAGAGAGUCUGAUGCUAAUCUGAACAAGAUUCUGGAUAAACUUCUUCAGUUUAAGAUCAUAAAUGAUGAGGAAAUGCAGUCAUGCAAAAGUAAAAAAGUCACUGCAGAAAAAGCACGAGAACUGAUCGACACAGUGCGAGGAAAGGGAUCUGAAGCCAGUACAGCCAUGAUCAAGGCUAUCAGUGAGGUGGAUCCUUACCUUUCCAAAGAGCUGAAAUUAAGCUGAAACGAAAGCUGGAAACUGGAGUGUGAUGAUGAACCUCUGUAACAUCUGGCUGAUUUACAGCCUCUUGUUUUGUUGAACGAAAACCACCACCCAGCGUCAUUUAUCUGCAAAACCUUAAAACAGAUAAACCACGACCUGAUGGGGAACAUGAUUCAACUGAAAGAUGAUAGAAGUGGAUAGACGAACUUAUUCUGAAGGAGAACAGGACAAAAGGUCAGCAGACCACAGUCAGACUGUUGUUUUUUGUUUUAGCCACUAGAUGGAGGAAGAACUUCACUGAUGGACAAAAAAAGGUUCAGCUGGAGCCACGCACAGAAAUGAAAAGCAUCUUUCUGAGUGAAUAUUAUACACCUUAUACUUGAAGAGAAGAUCUGAUCUGAUGCAGUUCUUCAGAAAAAAAUAAAAUAAAGUUUUGUG